AUGAGACACUCUGCAGUUGUGCAGGAAAAAAAGCUAAGGCAUUGGCUAACAAUAACAAUAUGGCAAAAUUACUACAAAUCUGCUCGGAUAGUAAUUACAGUCUACCGAUCGAAAAUUCUUGCCAUAUCAGCGACAGAUCGACGAUUAUUCGCAUUUUCAUCGUUGGAUUCACUUAACUCGGCAACUACUUGGGAUGUAGCUGGAGUUAGUCCCAUACGAGAGGCUGGUUUCGGAGGAAGAGUGGGAGCAGUAGUGGGUAGACUCUUCAUUCGAUGCGGUAGUGGGGGAGGGGAGUCGGCUUCCGUAGUAACUCGUGGGGAAGAUGAAGGACCAGGUGAGCUGAUACCGGUGUUAUGAAGCGGAGGGUCUGGUUUGGGUGACAUUGCUCGAUCUGCAGCCGAACGCAGGACAGCUUGCGAUAAAAGAGCUGCAUCUGGUACCAUGGCAGCGCGAAAACCGGCUCGUUCCGAGGGAUGCUUUUUAGCAACCACAUCGCCACCACCUCCACUGUCCUCACUCUUCGUCGACUGGACCUCCUCUUCAAUAUCGGUGCUUCGACUCAUCGGUGUUUCCUCCAAUUGCGGUUGCCGCGCAUGUCCUCCAGAGCGUCUUUGCAACCUUGGGCGAGAUUUCUGCAAAUGAACCAGGGCCGACGGCUGUGGUGGUGAGUCAAGGGAAAUGCCAGGCUCGUCCUCUCGUGUUGGCUGGGAUCCAAGAGGUGAAUGUAGCUCGCCAAUAAUGCUACGAGGCCUGUGAUGUAUCGAAUCGGCGCCUCGAUGCGAAAUAUUUGGUGAAGUGAUCUGUCGAGGUGAGCCAUUCUGUGAAGCACUUGCAUUCGAAAUGCCAUCUAACCCACCGCUCAGCUUUUCAGCCAACAUCCCACUUUGUUCGCACAAUUCACGCCAUCGCCAGUCACUCAAAACUCUCUUGAGAUCAUCCGACCACAGUUCCUUUAAUCUACUGACGGCUAUUCGUUCUGCCUUUCCAGAUGUUUGAAGGGAUUCUCCAGCAGCGCCACCGAGACAAGCAAAGGAUUCUUGCAAAUUGAGCUUACAUUCCCGUCGUACCUGCUCAACAAAAUCCUCAACCAUAUCAUCUAGACGGUGUGGAAACGCUUCCUCUGUUGAAUUAUUCAGAACAUCUCCCAGGCCAUCCCAUUUUUCCAAAUUUCCGGGGUCUACUCCAAUUGUAUUUAUUCGGAAAUUGGCAAAAUCCGAGUUUGAGGGCGAUCGAUUCCUUUCUAGAUUUGAUUCUAUUAGUGACAUCGCCGAAAAGACUCGUAGCCGAUCACAUCCAGCCCUUGCUAAGCAUUCACAGACGUCUUGAACGGGAUAAGGCAAUGAAGUAAGAGUUCUGUUCAUGCUCAACGCCGCUGCAAUGUCAGACAGUCCCUCGACACCCAAGUGAUUAUUGUCGAUGAUUAUCGUUCGCAAGGAGACAUUCAGUUGAAGAGCCUUUGAAAGGAUCCUUGCUCCAAAAUGUCCCAAAUCAUUAUUUGAUAUGUCAAGAAGUCGAAGUGAUGUUGUUGCUCCGAGUGUGUUCAGAAGGACACUCAGGUGAGGCCCCAGACGUGCAUCCGACAAGAUCAACUCCUCCAGACAGCAUAGGGAAUCGUCGGAAAACAGUUUCACUAUAUCGAGAAUCGUUUUGUUAAUAAUCGAAGCAUGGGCUUGUUUCGACGAACGGCGCAGGGCUAUAAAAUUUGCACCACCCAAAUCAGCCCGGCGUAAUGUUCUUAUAUUGCCAAGGGCAUGAAUAACAGCCUGCAUUUCAGUUUCCAAGUUGUUAUCCCUCAGGGAAAUGCUGCUGCACUGAACACCUCCCAGACAAGCUUCCAACACAGGACUACAAUUUUUCUCACACGUACCACUUAUGUCCAAGUGGAACGGCUUCAACUGUUGA